AUGGCGUCAAAGAAGAGCUUUCUCACAAAUCAAAGUUACAUUUUUCCAAAUAUCACCAAAAAAUCCUCUGAAGAAGAAGGUAUGUUUGAGUUUGAUGAAGCUGAGUUAUAUGACUCUUGCACCCCUCCCAAGAAAGGUGGUGGUAAUAGCAUUUCCGGUUUGAAGAAACCAUCAAGGAAGAAUAUCGAUGGUAGAGUAAGCCCAAUAGGUUCAGCUUCAUUGCCAGUGAGUAUACCUAACUGGCCAAACAUCUUGGAGGAGAAAAAGAAGAAGAAGCAGCAUCGAAAAUGGGAGAGUGACGAUGAUGAUGAUGAUGAAGAUAGAGUGCCACCUCAUGAGUAUCUAGCUAGGACUAGAGGUGCUUCUCUUUCUGUGCAUGAAGGGUUUGGGAGGACUCUCAAAGGUAGGGAUUUGUGUAGUGUUAGGAAUGCUAUUUGGAAGAGAGUUGGUUUUGAAGAUUAA